CGCUGGUGCACCAGAAAAGGCUUGUCUAGACUAGUCGAUACGUUUGCUAGUUCGGCUCACCUUUCCUUUCUUUCUUUCUUUCUUCCUGCCUGCUUGAUCAUGACGAUUCCGGCAGGUAUUCCUGACUCGCUGCGGCUCCAGUACGAGGACAUGCACAAGAUGCGUGCAGUGAUGGAAGCCCUCAAGAAGAACCAGGAACUACGGGGCGUGGAAAACCUCAAGAAACGCAUGGCCGAGCGUGCGGCUACACAUACCACUUGGCGUCAGAUGAAGGGUAUGCAACUUUUCAUGCACGAAAUCAAUCACCCCGGGAACAAGCCCUUUGUCAUCGGCCUUGGUGUCUCGUGCAGCAUGUUUCUAUAUGCCUACGCCAAGGGCCUGGGAAGCGACAAAGCCAAGGCGGAGUCUACGUACUGGCAGCGCUUCCACGCCAAGCAUGACUAAAGUCCGUUCGUCUUGGAUAGUAGCAAUAGUGGAAGAUUGAACUAUGUAGAAACCUGUCUUACC